AUGGUUGUUGACACCUCCUACUAUGAUGCACUUGGCGUCCCCCCGACGGCUACCGAGCUGGAAAUAAAGAAAGCAUACAGGAAGCUUGCCAUCACCACUCAUCCAGAUAAAAACCCCGGCGAUGAGACUGCGCAUGCUCGAUUUCAAGCAAUUGGAGAAGCCUAUCAAGUGCUAAGCAAUGACGAGCUUCGGAAACAAUAUGAUAAGUUUGGCAAGGACCAAGCUGUCCCAGGCGGAGGGUUUGAGGACCCGGCACAGUUCUUCACCAUGAUAUUCGGCGGCGAGGCAUUCGUAGACCUUAUCGGCGAAAUCUCUCUCAUGAAAGACCUAACAACUACUAUGGAUAUCACUAUGCAGGAGAUGGAGGAGGAGGAACUGGCACAGGCUGCUGAGGAGAAUUUGAAUAUUCAUGACGAUAGCGAAGAAGUGGAGGCAGCAGCGAAGCAGGAAGCACCAGCUGCAACUGCGGCUGCUGCACCCGCAGAAUCAGGACACACUUCUGGUACAAGCACUCCCCGACGCAACUGGGGCCAGCAAGCAAUCAUGGACAAGUCAGAAGAAGAGGCGAGGUUGGAAGCUGCUGGAGUCACGGCUGAAGAGAAGGAGCUACGGAAGAAGGAAAAGAAAAAAGGUCUUAGCAAGGAACAACAAGAGCGGCUAGCCCAAUAUGAAGAAGAACGACGGAAGGCUCGCCAGGAGCGGGUUGACACUUUGGUGCGCAAACUUAUUGACCGCAUUAGUGUUUGGACAGAGACGGACAAAAGUCCAGCAGUUACGCACGCUUUUGAGGAGAAGAUCCGCCUUGAAGUGGAGAACUUGAAGAUGGAGUCUUUUGGACUAGAGAUCCUCCAUGCGAUUGGACAAACAUACCUGCAAAAGGCAACGUCAUUCCUGAAGUCCCAGAAGUUUUUGGGCAUUUCAGGCUUUUUCUCACGAUUGAAGGAUAAGGGAACAUUGGCUAAGGAGACAUGGGGCACAAUCUCCACGGCCAUUGAUGCCCAAAUGACCAUGGAGGAAAUGGCUAAACUAGAAGAGAAAGGUGGCGCUGACUGGACCGACGAGAAGAAAGCCGAGUACGAGAGGAAAGUUACAGGAAAGAUACUUGCAGCAGCAUGGAGAGGAAGCAAGUUUGAAAUCCAAUCUGUGCUACGCGAUGUUUGCGACAAAGUUUUGGGAGACAAGUCGGUGAAGCUGGAUAAGCGUGUGGAGCGUGCACAUGCCUUGGUUCUUGCCGGUACAAUCUACCAGAAGGCUGCACGCGACCCCGAUGAAGAGGGCGAUUAUCUCGCUUUUGAGCAACUCAUGGCGGAGGCUGCCACCAAGAAAAGCAAGGAUGACAAGAAAAAGAAAAAUAAGGAGAGUAAAGCUUCGAAAAGCCAUGCAUCGUCUGAAGAAAGGCCAACCGCAUCGGCUUGA